UCAUUAUUUCACUUCAAUCCUUUCUUCAUCCAAGAAGUUGAAAUAUUCGUGUGUUUGCAGUAAAGAUUGGAUCUUUUUGGUGUUGUUCAGCUUGGUUAGCUCAAUUGUUCUUGUGGGUACUGGGUGCCAUUAGCUUUUGGUUGUUUUUUUUCUUUCUUUCUGAAUCUUUUUCCGACCCCUCCCCCACUCCCACCCUCAUACAGAAACAAUACCCAGUUUCUUUUAGGUUUUGUAUCUAUCCGCGCGUGUAUCCUUGAGAUAUAUCGAGUGGAGUGGUGUUGUUUUUCUUUCUGUGGUUGUGUGAUUUUGGGAGGAUUUGAAAGGGCUUUGAGCUUCUGGGAAUUGGAGAAAGUGAAAAAAAAUCGAAUCUUUGAGGGGAAAAGUGGAGAUUUUUGGAGGGAAAUGAGGACUGGAAGAAGAAGAAAGCUGCAUUUGAGCAAGAUCUAUUCAUUUAGAUGUGGGAGGGCAUCAUUCAGCAGAGAAGACCAUUCACAGAUUGGUGGGCCAGGGUUUUCAAGAGUGGUGUUCUGCAAUGAUUCGGAUGCUUUGGAGGCUGGUUUGAAGAAUUAUUCUGGGAAUUAUGUUAGGACUACAAAGUACACAGCUGCAACUUUCUUGCCCAAAUCUUUGUUUGAGCAGUUCAGGAGAGUGGCAAACUUCUUCUUCCUUGUUGUAGGGAUAUUGGCCUUCACUGACCUGGCUCCUUAUUCUGCUACCAGUGCUGUUGUUCCUCUUAUCUUUGUGAUUGGGGCAACAAUGAUCAAAGAGGGUAUUGAAGACUGGCAUAGAAAACAGCAGGAUAUGGAGGUGAAUGGAAGAAAAGUGAAACUACAUAAAGGAAAUGGAGCCUUUGAGGACACAGAAUGGAGAAACUUGAAAGUGGGAGAUGUUGUUAAGGUGCAAAAGGACGAAUUUUUUCCAGCUGACAUUCUUUUGCUUUCUUCGAGUUACGAAGAUGCAAUCUGUUAUGUUGAGACGAUGAAUCUUGACGGGGAGACUAAUCUGAAGCUCAAACAGGGCUUAGAGCUAACCUCGUUCUUAACCGAAGACCCCAAAUUUCUUGAUUUCAAAGCUUUGGUUAAAUGUGAAGAUCCAAAUGCAAGUUUAUAUACUUACGUUGGAAGCAUGGAGUUUGAAGGGGAACAAUAUGCCCUUUCUCCUCAACAACUCCUUUUAAGAGACUCCAAGUUAAGAAACACGGAAUACAUAUAUGGGGUGGUUAUCUUCGCAGGCCAUGACACUAAGGUUAUGCAGAAUGCCACGGACCCACCUUCAAAGAGAAGCAAGAUAGAGAAGAAAAUGGACAAAAUCAUAUACGUAUUGUUUGCAGUUUUGUUCGCCAUGGCCUUACUUGGGUCAAUCUACUUUGGGAUUGUCACCAAGGAGGAUUUAGACGAUGGGCAGAAACGGUGGUAUUUAAAACCAGACCAGUCUGACAUUUUCUUUGAUCCAAACCGUGCUCCAGCUGCUGCAAUUUACCACUUUUUAACAGCUCUGAUGCUCUACAGCUACUUGAUCCCAAUCUCAUUGUACGUUUCCAUAGAGGUUGUGAAGGUUCUUCAGAGUGUCUUCAUAAAUAGAGACAUAAAUAUGUAUUAUGAAGAAACGGAUAAACCAGCAAACGCCCGGACCUCAAAUUUGAAUGAGGAACUUGGCCAAGUGGACACAAUUCUUUCGGACAAGACUGGGACACUAACCUGCAAUCUGAUGGAGUUUGUUAAGUGUUCUGUAGCUGGAAUGGCCUACGGAAGGGGCAUUACUGAGGUUGAAAGGGCUAUGGCUAUGAGGAAAGGAUCUCCUUUGAUCGUUAACGGUAGGGAGGUUGAUGAUUAUUCUCCAGAAAUUGUGAGCAAAUCAUCUGUGAAGGGCUUCAACUUUGAGGACGAACGGAUCAUGGAUGGGGAAUGGAUUCAUGAGCCCCACUUUGAUGUGAUACAGAAGUUUUUCCGCUUGUUGGCAGUGUGCCACACUGUCAUACCUGAAGUGGAUGAUGAUUCUGGAAAGGUUUCUUAUGAGGCUGAGUCUCCAGACGAAGCAGCUUUCGUGAUCGCCGCUAGGGAGAUUGGGUUUGAAUUCAAUAAAAGGACUCAAACUAGCGUCUCAGUGACCGAGUUGGAUCUCCCAUCUGGGAAAAGAAUCGAGAGGUCAUAUAAAAUUUUGAAUGUUUUGGAGUUCAACAGUACAAGAAAAAGGAUGUCUGUGAUUGUUAGAGAUGAGGAAGGAAAGAUAUUGCUACUCUGUAAAGGCGCCGAUAGUGUCAUGUUCGAAAGGCUGGCUAUAAAUGGAAGGGAGUUUGAAGAAGCCACCAAAAAGCACGUAGACGAGUAUGCAGAUGCUGGCCUGAGGACUUUGAUUCUUGCUUAUCGCAAGCUCUCUGAGGAAGAAUAUAAAGCGUUCGAGGAACAAUUUUCAGUGGCCAAGAACUUGGUCAGCGCUGAUCGUGAUGCAAUGAUUGACGAAGUGACUGAAAGGGUUGAAAAGGAUUUGAUUCUUCUUGGCGCAACAGCUGUUGAGGACAAACUCCAACAAGGGGUUCCCGAGUGCAUCGACAAGCUUGCCCAAGCAGGGAUAAAGAUAUGGGUUUUGACGGGAGAUAAGAUGGAAACAGCCAUUAAUAUUGGAUACGCGUGUAGUUUGCUUAGACAAGGAAUGAAGCAAAUAGUUAUAAAUUUAGAUUCCCCUGAAAUCGUGGCGCUGGAGAGAGCUGGGGACAAAAAGGAGGCAGCAACGGCCUCAAAGAGAAUUGUUGCCAAGCAAAUAACCGACGGGAAAGCUUUGGUCACCGCGUCAAACAACGAGGCUUUUGCUCUAAUCGUUGAUGGAAAGACUCUUACAUACGCAUUGGAAGAUGACAUAAAAAACUCGUUUUUAGAGCUUGCAGUUCGGUGCGCUUCUGUUAUAUGCUGCCGUUCAUCACCAAAGCAAAAGGCAUUGGUUACAAGGCUUGUGAAGACUGGAACUGGGAAAACGACUUUGGCUGUCGGAGAUGGAGCAAACGAUGUAGGAAUGCUCCAAGAAGCAGAUAUUGGAAUUGGAAUAAGUGGUGUUGAAGGAAUGCAGGCUGUCAUGUCAAGUGAUGUUGCAAUUGCACAAUUUCGGUUCUUGGAGCGACUACUUCUGGUGCAUGGACAUUGGUGUUACAGACGGAUCUCUUCAAUGAUAUGCUAUUUCUUCUACAAAAAUAUCACCUUUGGCGCGACCGUGUUCUUGUACGAGGCACAUGCAUCAUUCUCGGGACAACCCGCAUAUAAUGAUUGGUUUCUUUCGCUCUACAAUGUCUUCUUCACAUCACUCCCCGUUAUAGCCUUGGGGGUUUUCGAUCAAGACGUCUCUGCUCGGUUUUGUCUAAAGUUUCCUUUACUUUAUCAAGAAGGGGUUCAAAAUGUGCUCUUCUCAUGGCGUCGUAUAAUCGGGUGGAUGCUCAACGGCCUUUGCUCGGGGGUCAUCAUAUUCUACCUUUGCAUAAAUGCCCUUGACCCCCAAGCCUACAAAAGGGACGGGAAAGUCGCGGGAUAUGCUGCCGUGGGGACCACAAUGUACACGUGUGUCGUGUGGGUGGUGAACGUCCAGAUGGCACUCGCGGUCAGCUACUUCACGUUGAUCCAACACGUCUUCAUAUGGGGCGGCAUAGCCUUGUGGUACCUCUUCCUCAUCGUGUACGGAGAGUUAUCUGUGACAAUCUCCACCACGGCGUACAAAGUUUUCUUAGAAGCCCUUGCGCCGGCCCCUAUUUACUGGGGGGUCACUCUCUUUGUAGUCAUUGCGGCUUUGGUCCCUUAUUUUUCGUAUAAUGCCAUACAAAUGAGAUUUUUCCCCAUGUAUCACGGGAUGAUACAGUGGUUGAGGUACGAGGGGCGGGUCGAGGACCCAGAGUAUUGCAAUAUGGUCCGUCAGAGGUCCAUCAGGCCCACGACUGUGGGCUUCACAGCCCGUUCUCUGGCGAGGACCAAUCCAUUGGAAGACGGGAAUCACGAGUCCAGGUAACGCGCGGCGUAAAUAUCUACAACCCAUAGUGUACAUAUGUAGAUGUUUGUGUACAGAUGCCACAACUUUCAAAUUUUGCAAUUUAGGUCUUGUAUUCUUUCAUUACAACAACAAUUUCAUUACAACAACAAUAACAGAUGCCGUAAAAUUCGACAGACAAAAGGGGGUAUGAGAUGGAAAUAUUUACGCAGACUUUACCUCUACUUGGCAGUAUUCUUUCAUUCUACUCUGUAAAAUUGUUUCAAGGAGGGUUCAUUUUUGUUUGAAGUUACCCUCUCCACACUUUUGUACUCAUUUUGUAGCAAUAAAGAAUCACCCAUUUA